GUGCAGGAGAUGGGGCAGCGCCUGGGGCACAGCACUGGGCUCAGCAUGCGCAAGGCACGAGGGGUCUCACCCCUUCCUGUGUGGUGCUGAUGCUCUCAGAGAGGAGAGACCAGGCGAAGUCUGGCAACCCCACACUGCCUGGGGCCAGCCUUUCAGCUGAGGCGGGGGAGGGAGGCAUCUGUACCAGGCCCACGCAGGGUGCUUCAGGGCAGGGGGUGCAGUUUGAGGCCAGUUGCCUGGACACUUUUCCAUUAAGAGCUUGAAAAGAAAAUCCCCUUCUCUGGCUUCUCAUCCACUCCUCCCAGCCCCCAGCACUGGGGCACGCAGGCAGGGAGGAGAGACCAGCUAAGGGCAUUUCAGCUCUCAUUCAAUCUCUGCCAGAGGCUCCCCAGCAGCUGAGGCAGCCAGCCUGGACAGGUGCCUCGCUGAGUGGAUUUGUUACCUGCAGCCACAGUCCUUGGACCCGAGAGACUUUAGGGCCAGAUGGGGCCAAUCAUGAUCAACUUGGCCUACACAUGGGAGGCCACAGAACCUCACCCCACUACACCUGUGAUAGCCAGAGGCUCUGGGCCUGAGUCACUGACAUCCUCAAAUCAUGGUUUAAAGACUUCACAUGACAGAGACUCCACUAUUCACAUAAGUUCAAACCUGUGAGUGACCCAGGCAAAACCGCCCCCCGUCCUCCGCUAAUCUAAGCUGGGGGAAAUUCCUUUCCUGCCCUAAAUCUGGGGAAUCACUGGCCGCAGGCGGGAUGGCAGCGCUGUGGAGGUCGUACCAGCGACUCAUGGCCCAGCACCCCUGGAGAGUGCAGAUCCUCACAGCUGGGUCCCUGGUGGGAGUUGGAGACGUGAUCUCUCAGCAGCUGGUGGAAAGAAGGGGCCUGAGUGGGCACAGCAGUCGCAGGACACUGAAGAUGAUGGCCAUUGGCUUCUGCUUUGUGGGCCCUGUGGUGGGAGGCUGGUACCAGCUCCUGGAUCGUCUUAUCCCAGGAAACACCAAGAUGGUGGCAUUGAAGAAGAUGACGCUGGAUCAGGGUGGGUUUGCACCUUGCUUCCUGGGCUGUUUCUUGGCCAUCGCCGGGGCACUCAACGGCCUGUCCGCCGAGAAGAACUGGGCCAAGAUCCGACGGGAUUACCUGGAUGCGCUGCUCACCAACUAUUACCUCUGGCCAGCUGUGCAGAUUGCCAACUUCUACUUCAUCCCCCUGAACCACAGGCUGGCUGUCGUGCAGGUGGUGGCUGUCGUCUGGAAUUCCUACCUGUCCUGGAAGGCGAACCAGCUGUGAAGCCAUGGGGCCGGCUCCCCUCCCAUCCCCCCACCCAACCCGGUCUCCCCCAGCCUUCUGCCUGGCCUGCCGCACCCACGCCACACCCUCCUCUAUGACUGCCCUAGCAAAUGGCUCUGGGGCCGGCCCCCCACCACUUUCCCCCCCACCCAGCUGCAGGGCCCCCCUCAUGCCACACCCUCCUCUGCGACUGCCAUAGUGAAUGGUUGGGCCAGCGCCCCCUUCCUGUGCCCCCCACCCAGCCACAGGGCCCCCACACACCGCACCCUCCUCUGCGACUGCCAUAGCGAAUGGUUGUGGGGCCAGCCCCCAUCCUCUUCCUUCCCAUGCCACACCCUCCUAUGCGGCUGUCAGAACAAAUGGCUGUGGGACUGGUCCCCCUCCCCUUUCCCCCCAUCCAGCUGCAGGGCCCCCCCAUGCCACACCCUCUGUGACUGCCAUAGCGAAUGGCUGUGGGGACGGCCCCCCCUUCCUGUGCCCCCCCACCCAGUUGCAGGGGCCCCCCCCAUGCCACACCCUCCUCUGCGACUGUCAUAGCGAAUGGCUGUGGGGCUGGUCCCCCUCCCCUUUCCCCUCAUCCAGCUGCAGGACCCUCCAUACCACCCCCUCUGCGACUGCCAUAGCGAAUGGCUGUGGGGCCGGCCCAGCAGUGGCUCUUGUGGGCUCUCCAGGGGGCCACAUCACACAGCAACUCUCAGACUGGGCCCCCUGGGCAGCCUCAGCAAAGAAAGCACUGGCACGUGGUGCUGGGGGGUCUGAGCUGUGCCCCACGGCUGUCCCCAGCACGGGGAGAUUGAUUCCUGCCCCACGGCUGUCCCCAGAGUGACUGAGCUGCACCCCAUGGCAGUCCCUGGCACUGGGGUAGACCGAGCCGUGCCCCAGCGAUGCCCGCUGUGCUGAGGGUGAUCACGCCACGCCCCUGGCUGGAGAGCCCCUGCCCCGACGGGCCCUCGGAGCCGUCGUCCAUGGAGCCCAGGCAAGGAACUGGAGAAAUAAGCUCAGUGACUGGCCUUGCCGUUGCCCUACUGUUGGGGUGGGUUGGGGCCAUCCUGGGACUCCAGGGGCUGGGACAGGGUCUGCAGGAGCCGAGGGCAGCCGGCAGGGGCUGCUCCCAGGAAGCAGGCUCGGCACCGGCAGCUGCCCAUGGUCAUAACCUGCUGCACAGGCAGGGCCGACGGGACGCAGCCUCCUGCAGCACCUGCUCCGCACAGGACAGUGGGGCAGCUGGGGCCAGAGCUCAGAGCAUCCACCUGGCAAUGACCCGAGGGGUUUCCAGCCAGCCCCCUCGGCUCUGAGCUCUGGGACCCUCCCACCUCGCGGGUGACCACACCGGUCCCUUUGGGCUUGGGGAUCUCACAUUGCAGCCUGGGGAGCUGUACCGGCCUUGCCAGCCCAGGCCGGAGCCCCACGCCUGCACUGCCAUUGCUAGCCGUGCUGGUGCCAUUGGUACCAGUCCCUACUGCCCUCAGCUUGUCUGCACUGGGGCCAGCCUCACCAAGUGAGAGCGACGCUCCCCUCCCCCUGGCUCACAGGGUCUCGGGCAGGGGCAGAGGAUGUGCAAAGCACAUCCCUGCUUGGUGCCUCAGUUUCCCCCAAAGCAGGGCUGCUGAUGAUAAGCUGGAGCAGGCCUGGGCAGUGCCCACAUGGGUGGGGGCUGCGCUCUGGCCUCUCCACUCUGGGCAGAGUGAGCGUGUUAACUCGCUGGGAUGUCAGUGUGUGGGUCAGGCUGCAGAGUCACUUCUGGGGCAGCUGGUACCUGGCAGCUCGCACGUGGCAUUGGCUGGAUCCCGGCAGGAGGUGGGCACGACGGGUGAGAUGGUGAGUGUGGGGCCCAGCCACUGCCAGCACUGCAGCAGGAAUGUUACCUCCCCGCCCUGCCAGCUCCCGGGGGCAAAGGACAGCUGUCCCGGAUCCCCAGGCCUGAUGCUCUCUGAGCUCUGGCCCAGUCAGUCCCUUGGCUUCCCCACCUCCUGUGACCAAACGUCAGAGCCUUCAGCAUCCCUGGGUCACACCUCGAGCUGAGUCCACCCGAGCUGGACAUGAGGGAGACUUGCACGCUCAGAAGGAGCAAUGCACCCCACAUUCUUUACCCUGCAGUGACCCCCAGCCACAGGGGUAACUCCAAGAAUAUCCUUCCCGGGCCAGACACCAUUCCCAGCUGGGGUUCAGUCCUCCCCCCGAACCCCCUUUGUCUGAAUUUCUUCCAUGUCUCAAGCAGUCAUCUUUGGGGGUGGGGUUCAGUGAAAAAGGAACCAAGAUUGACUCACUCCCCAGCCUUACAUCAGAUUUGAUAUGGCGAGACUGCUUUGUUUCCCACUUUGACCCCCCAGGAUGGGAGCCAGUACCAGGUGACCCUGCCGUGUCAAAGCAGCAGCCAGGAAACUUCUCAGGAAGGAGGGAGAUUCGCAUCUUCAAAGACCUAUUGGUCCUAAUGGCCCACCCAGCUGACUGCAUUCUGCGUGGUGGGCGUUCCGCCAGGGAAAACCCAGCUGUGACUGCUACAUAGUCAAUAAUCCUAACUCCAGUUACAGAGCUGAUACGUGCAUACAAAUUCAGUAAAGCAGAACCUUCCCAGCGAUACCUCACGUGAGCCAUCUUGCAUAAAAUACAGCUUAGUUAGGCCAUGUUCAUUCUAUGAAGAAUAUGGGGUGCAGUGUCACACCUACCCCCUUAGAUUCCUGCCACAGGGUUGGUCACUGACUAAUGCGAAGGCAGUGUGCCUAAUAUCCUCUUUAGGUCUCGGUUAACUAACUUCGUAGGGCUUGUCUACAUUACCGUGCGGGUUGAUCUAAGAUACGUGUGUGACCAAGUGACAACGUGACUACAUAGCUGAAGUCGAUGGACUUAGAUCUGCUUCCCACGGUGUCUUCACUGCAGUAUAUUGACAGCUGAUGCUCUCCCAUUGACUCCACUUGCAUUUCUCAUUCUGGUGGAGUGCUGGAGUCGACGGCAGAGCACUCAGGGGUCAAGUUAUCGCAUCUAUACUAGAGGUGAUAAAUCAACCUCCGCUGGCUUGAUUGCUGUGAUGCAGUAGGGACUAUUGUGUGGGGGCUGGGAGAGCCGGGGAGGACUUUAG